AUGAAUGCUGGAGUAUGGUUAGAUUCACCAGAAAAAUUGGUCAGAGAGACUAUUAGACAAAGAAUAUUGGUAGCACCUAAAUAUAAUCUAUCCAAAGAUCUAUCCACCAUCAACGAAACCUCCUAUAUGUGUGAAGUAUUAACGCCAUUAUUCACUAUAGCUAUGAGUGGAUUACCUGUAGAAUGCGUAGUCUGGAGUGAUUUAAAAUUCGCUGAAAAACCAGAUUAUACUCUUGUUACCCAGAUAGGAGAUACAAGAAUCGAAAUGCUAUAUAGUGAAACUGGUUGUCCCAUUUCUGACAAAUCAAAACAGCAACGAGAUUAUAGGAA